CUCACCGCAGUGACGUCACUGUCUCCACACCGGGCGGGAUAUCCGCAGUAGUAAGCUAGCUAAUAACAUGGCGAAGACUUACGAUUACUUGUUUAAACUACUUUUAAUCGGCGAUUCCGGCGUCGGAAAGACCUGCGUGCUAUUCAGAUUUUCAGAAGAUGCCUUCAACUCAACGUUUAUCUCAACUAUAGGUAUUGACUUCAAGAUCAGAACAAUAGAAUUAGAUGGGAAGAAAAUCAAACUACAGAUAUGGGAUACAGCAGGACAGGAGAGGUUCAGGACCAUCACAACAGCCUACUACAGAGGAGCCAUGGGCAUCAUGUUAGUGUAUGACAUUACCAAUGAGAAGUCCUUUGACAACAUCAAGAACUGGAUACGGAAUAUAGAAGAGCAUGCCUCAGCAGAUGUGGAGAGGAUGGUCCUUGGGAACAAAUGUGAUGUCAAUGACAAGCGACAGGUGUCCAAAGAAAGAGGAGAGAAGCUGGCGCUGGAGUAUGGUAUCAAGUUCAUGGAGACCAGUGCAAAAGCGAACAUCAAUGUCGAGAACGCCUUCUUAACCCUCGCCAGAGACAUCAAAGCAAAAAUGGACAAGAAGCUGGAGGGCAACAACCCGCAGGGCAGCAGUCAAGGAGUAAAGAUUACAGAACAGCCCAAGAAGAGCAGUUUCUUCCGCUGCACGCUCCUGUGAGGAGAUGGGAGCAUUGGCAUCCACCAUCGCCUUAACUGUGUCCCCCACUGGACAGAACUGGACAGAGCACACUCUGAUUUCUCUCUUUUAUCCUCCUCCACUUGUCUUCCUUCCUCCUCUUUUUGGUUUGUCCUGUGCUUGUCUACUAGGAACAACAAAAGUUUUUUGCUACCAAGGUUUACCAGUCUUCCACUGGCCCCUGUGGAUCUAACUUCUGUGGCCUCUGUUACAUGCUAAACCUCAUUUCUUUUUUUUUUUUUCAUAGUUGCUCCUUAAAUCUCUGGUUUCAACUUAAUUCCUUAAAUUUUAUUGACUUUUAAAGACUGCCUCCUUGUGAGACACUAAAGGUGAUCAAACUGCUUUUUCUAAGUAAUUGCCUUGUAGUCAUUAUCUUUACAAUACCUGUUGUCACUUGGCGAAGUCUUAUUUAUUCAAUCCUUAUCUCCAAAAACAGCCCAAGUUAUACUUCCAGAGUAUGCUUACCAGUCCAAUGGGCUUUCUAAUUUUAUAUACGUAAUCUGUCGAAUAAUGCGACCUACUGUAUCCAAGGUGAUUAGAGUACAAUCCCAGUUGAGUGCAGUUUUUUUGAAGUAUUAUACUACGUGUGUGUAUGGACCGGUUGGCCCAGAUUUCUAUAUAUCCACAUUAGGUAAAAGCAACAUGUAAAUAUGUAUCAUUAAUUAUGAUUCACCAUAUGAAACAGUAGUGCCAGUGCAUUUUACUCGUCAUAUCAACAUUGGAGUUUACAUGUCCUCUGUCCACCUUUUCUACUCAUGUCUUUCUGUUGAUUUCUUAGGCUGAAACAUUCCAUUCAUUCCUCUUGUGAACACUUUAAUGUGCAAUGUAGUGUUUUAGAGCCCAGAUUUAGUUUUGUCUUAAGUAUUCACAUGGUUGCAGUACGGCUGGGUUCUUGACAAUGUAUGCUUGUCUUAAGGGCACACAGAUUCCUUUUGUAGUUGCUUUCCUCAUUUUCGGUAUUGCAAUCUAUUCUUUGGAAAAGCGAGAUGUGUGUAGGGUUGAGGAAGACAAUUAUUCGAUGCACUUGUACAGUUGGACUAGCAAUACCUAACUCUUAACACCUGGAGGCAAUGCAGUUACACAGCAAUGGAAUCAGAGCGAUGAUAAAAUCAUUGUUUUAUACAUUCAUACUUCCUCCAGUUGUCAGUUCCAAUGGGGGGAACAUGUACACAACUGUUUUUUCUGGGCCUUGGAUAGGGGCUGUGCUGUAGCAGUAUUUAUGGAGUGAAACAAAACAUAGCACCAAAUGACAAAGUGCCCUUUUAUGUUCUUAUUGAUUAUGCACUUUUCUUGUUCUUUCUGUAAAAAAAAAAAGAAGUUCUUGACAUUUGUUGACUAUGUUUGUUGCAAGUCUUAACUGAAAGCAAAGAAUAUUCAUGCACAACUUUUCCCUGUGUCUGGGAUUCCUAAAAACAUCUGAGCACUGACAUGGCCUGUGAUUUGAAGAUGUUAUUCCCAACAACAUUCCCAUUCAUUGGUAUUUUUCCAACUUUUUAUACAUUUGCAUCCCUGUCGAUGCUUUUGGGAACCCCAGAUGCCCCUUACCCCAUAUUCACCCAGUCUUUUUCUCUUAUGCCCUCCCCUCCUCCACCUCUUUCUAGAUAUCCCAUGUCCUCUUAAGGCAGUCUUAACUAUGCAUUGUGGGUGCGUAGAAAGCCACAAAAAGCUUUGCACAUUUGACUUGACAAGCUUUAUUUGAGAUUAGAAAUGUGCAUAGCAUCCUUAUGGUUUUAUUUUCUGCUGUCACUCCAAAUUGUAUUGUGUUUGCUUGGAUUAAGAUGUUCAGGCUUGGAAAUUAAUUGAAAGCUGGUUAAAAAUCUCCUCAGAAGUCAGUUCUGCUGAAAAGAGUCUGUAACUGCAUAAAUGUUAACCUGUGGAUUUAAAUCUUCCUUGUCAUCUUUUGAUGGCUCAGCACUAUUUUUCUUCAACUGGCUCUUCCAAAAAAUGCAGUUUUGAACUUAAGUUUGGCUUAAAUUUGGUCUGUAAAAUGAGCUCAGUUCCUCUUUUGAUUGGAGUCAUUUGUAAUUCUCUCCCAUUUUAAAUCUACCAGUUGUCAGUCAACAUAUCUUCAGCAGUCCUUAACUAAAUUUAAAUUUCAUUGCUGAUUAUUGAUGGAUUUCAUGGGGAAUAAAUUAAAUAAUUCAGCAAUUGUAAAUAAGAUCUACAAUGAUUGUACUGUAGUUUCAUAAAUCUUAUUGAUCUACACCUUUUGUAGAUAAGUGUACUUUUGAUGAUUUAUUAAAAAUGAGAUUCUUAAAAAAUGUUUAGUCAACUUAUUAUAUUUGCACCAUUUUGUUGGUGGAGACUCAUGUAUAUUAAAUAUGUAAUACAAUAUCAGGGAGGUUAAUUUAAACAUGUUUUAUUAAUGGAUUUUACUUAGAAACAAAAAAUGUAAUCAAGCAGCAUUUGCCACUUUUCAUCCAAAUUCCACUUUAUAUUAACAUGAAAAUUCUAUUCAGAAGGACUUUGUGAAGGUUUCUAAACAUUUCUCAACCAGCCAUGAUGUAUGGAGGACCAAAGUUGAGCUUCUAGGAAAUAUACACUUGAGAUCAUAAAAUGGUAUUUUAAAAAAAAGUGUUUUUUUUUUUUUUUUUUUUUUUUCAAAUUGGUUAUUGAAUUUGAACAAUGGAUUGAUUAAAAAAAAAACCAACUAAUUGAGCAAUUCAAAUGCAAUAAAGAUCAUGAUGAAAGAUUUAAA